GGAGGUGCUCCUGCUGCAGUCAGUCAGGGAGUCAGUCAGGGAGUCGGGCAGUGAGUCAGGCAGUGAGUGGCGCGGCUGCUGAGGGAGGAGGAGAGCUGGGAGGAGGGGAGGCUACCUCACUAACUGGUGCCCCCAACUGCUUCAUGUAUCUCCACCAGUGUCCUGCUCAUCAUCAGGCACCUGUAGGAGCUGGACUAUGGCUGCUGUGGCUGUCCUAAGGAAUGAUUCUCUCCAGGCUUUCCUACAGGACCCCUAGUGCAUCCCCAGACGUUGGUAAGCACUCACCCUUGGCUCUUCUGGCAGCUACUUGUAGUCGUAUUGGCCAGCCAGGUACAGGUCCUGCUGAUUUUAUUCAGUUUCCCUAUGACCCAACAAUUGGAUCUCCAUCUAGGAUUUUCCACCCAUGGACUAAUGAAAUAUCGGCACAUUCUUCUGGUGGAAUUCAACCUCACAAUGGCAUUGGACUUAGCACCUCAAAAACACAACUGGCCUCUCACAUCCAGUCUUCCUUUGUCACUCAUGAAUUACCCUUGACACCACCGGCAGACCCUUCCUAUCCUUAUGACUAUUCUCCAAUGAAGAUGUUACCUCCCCCCAUGGCUGCUUUUCAGACUGGUUGCCAGUCUCCGUAUGUGCCUGCUGUUCCUUAUGCACCCCCAGCCCCUAUUACUUCUGCUCUUCAUGGGUUUGUACCGAGCCAUUCAAACCUGAUACACCAGCAGCCAAGGCAACUCUCUCCUAAUCCAGCAGAAGACAUGCCCUGGUGGAGUAUUCAGCAAGCCACACCAGUCGCCCAUGCUUCUACUAUUCCUCAUCCCCAUCACCGGUUUCCCAUCCAGAGAAGUUUAGUUUUAGGGCAUUCAGAUUUUGCACAAUAUCAGACUCAGAUUGCUGCACUACUGCAAACAAAAUCUCCUCUAGCCACAGCCAGGAGAUGCAGAAGAUGCAGGUGUCCCAACUGCCAAACUUCCAGUGGUCCUGAUGAGGCAGGCAAAAAAAAGCAGCACAUCUGCCACAUCCCAGGCUGUGGAAAAGUUUAUGGCAAAACUUCCCAUUUAAAGGCACAUUUGAGGUGGCACUCUGGGGAAAGACCUUUUAUUUGCAACUGGCUGUUCUGUGGCAAAAGCUUCACCAGAUCAGAUGAAUUACAGAGGCACUUGAGGACACAUACGGGUGAGAAGAGGUUUGUCUGCCCGGAAUGUGGCAAAAGGUUCAUGAGAAGCGACCACCUGGCAAAACACGUAAAAACCCAUCAAAACAAGAAGAUAAAAAGUGUAGAAAGGACAGUGAAGCAGGAACAUAACAGGGACCAUUAGUGGAAGCCUGACACGUGUACCUGUAGUGCAGUAUACACUACGCUGGGUACUCACAUUGGAUUCAUAACGCCCAUUCAGAUGUAAAUGGUGAUACAGUUGCAGAACUUGUCUCACCUGUAUAUUUGUACAGGUCUCCGUCAGAUUUGUUUUUUUUCCACUAUUGCUGUCUUGGAGAGGAUACCUUGUUUUCAUACUCUGUGUAUAUUUCUGUUAAUAAUUAAAGUAAGUAUGGAAAUCAAAUAGCUUAAAUUUAAAAGACUUUGAAGCUCCUGCACACUAUUUAACGACUUUGCGAAAUCCCUGUUUCAUUGGUCGCCCUCUCCUCAGCAUGCAGUCUUUGGUUCCAUAAGAGGAAAAUAAACAAUGGAGUUACUUGUUCAGAAGAUCAGAGCCGAGUCACUUGCUUUGAUAUUCUAGCAUCAUAUUUGGGGAAGGGAGAGAAAGGCAGGGGCGAUACAAUGGCUCGAUGGUAAACACUGGCUCGAUGGUAAACACAAUCACAGCUAAGUGUUACGCUGCACUUUUUUUAAUCACUUGGUUGUAGGAUACUACAAAAGUACAGAAUUGAUGCUUUAUUAAAUUGAUAUAACAA